CUCAAAUGGUACUUCAUUGUAGUAGCUUACAUGAUAGCUCCAUCUCUAGGUUUCAGUAACGCCUAUGGAGCAGGACUAACAGACAUGAACAUGGCUUAUAACUAUGGUAAAGUCGCUCUCUUCAUCUUAGCCGCAAUGUCAGGGAAACAAAACGGUGUCGUUGCAGGACUCGUCGGAUGCGGGUUGAUAAAAUCGAUCGUCUCGAUAUCUUCCGACCUAAUGCACGAUUUCAAGACAGGACAUUUGACGUUGACUUCACCGCGGUCGAUGCUUGUCAGCCAAGCAAUCGGGACGGGGAUCGGCUGCAUCGUGGCUCCUCUCUCAUUCUUUCUGUUUUACAAAGCCUUCGAUGUCGGAAACCCUGAGGGAGAGUAUAAAGCUCCUUACGCUUUGGUUUACAGAAACAUGGCGAUUCUUGGAGUUGAAGGUUUCUCUGCUUUGCCUCUGCAUUGUUUACAGCUUUGCUAUGGAUUCUUCGCGUUUGCGGUGGCGGCGGACGUCGUUAGGGAUCUGUCGCCGGAGAAGGUUGGGAAGUGGGUCCCACUGCCGAUGGCUAUGGCGGUUCCGUUUCUUGUCGGAGGGUAUUUUGCUGUGGAUAUGUGUGUUGGGAGUUUGAUAGUGUUUGUGUGGAACAUGAGGGAUAGAGUUAAAGCCGGUUUGAUGGUACCGGCGGUUGCUUCCGGUUUG